AUGCUGCGUCACAGUGUGACCAUUCGUCUCAACAAUAUGACCAGUGAGGCAUUUCUUUCUCCACUUUUCCGUUUCUUUAUCAAUGCCUUGGCAACCAUUUUGCAUACAGACGAAAAGAACAUUUUUGUCAUCAACGUACAAGAUGACACUGAUGUCCCUGCUCAAAUUCUAAAUGUCAGUGUUACUGUCCAUUCGGGAAUAUCAAAUGGAAAAGAUGUUUUUCUGACACCACAGUAUCUUCGAGAACAAAUUUACCUUCAGCGAGCCAUGCUGGCAAAUCUAUCAACCUUACAGGUUCUACCAUUUGAUGAUAAUCUUUGUGUUAUGGAACCCUGCGUUAAUUUUGAAGUAUGCAUGACACGACUGCGGUUUGGCAGUGCUGCACCCUUUAUUAAAUCAAGGUCAAUGCUUUUCCGACCAAUUCAUCCCAUCAAUUCAUACCAGUGCUUAUGUCCUCCUGGAUUCACAGGGAUGACAUUAGAUCUUCUUUGUGAUGCAGAAGUGAACCUCUGCUAUUCAAGCCCUUGUCAUACAAACAGUACUUGUGUCCAACAAGAAGGCGGAUAUGUUUGCCUCUGUCCACAGGGAUUUACAGGCAAACACUGUGAGGUAGACAUGAGCACAAUCUAUGAGGACAAGAUGUGUCCCCACAAGUUGUGUCGACCACCAUCAGUCUGUGAACCAAUUUCUACUGGUGGAUUUUACUGCAAAGGUUGCCCAAGCACUGACCACCAUAACAAAUUCUGUGAGCUAACUACUCGGCAAUUCUUUAAAGGAUCUUACCUGACAUUCCCAUCAUUGAAGAGGCGACAUCGUUUUGUCAUUUCUCUCAACUUUACCACUCAAGAAAAGAAUGGCUUGCUGUUCUACAAUGGCAGGUACAAUGAAAAGCAUGACUUCAUCGCCCUCGAAGUGGUGAAUUCCAAAGUUCAGUUCUCCUUUUCAUUGGGUUCAAACAUCACAACCGUUCAGGCGGAGAUUGCUGGAGGAGUCAGUGAUGGGAAGUGGCACCAAGUGACCAUUGAAUACCAUAACAGGACUGCCACUGUCAGUAUUGGUACUGAUUGCGAUACAGGUGUGGCCAUUCACUAUCGACACCUGUUUGACAAUUACAGGUGUGCCAACAGAGCCACAAUGAUUCUGGAUGACAGAUGUGCUAAAUUGACAGAAAUUUGCCAUCGUCUUCUGGAUUUGGCUGGUCCUCUUCAAAUUGGUGGUCUUCCUCGUUUGCCAUCAAAAUUUCUGAUUAAAAACACGGAUUUUGUUGGUUGCAUCAAGGAUUUCCAUAUUGACCAUGUACUACUUGACCUCAACACUUCAGUGGCUGAAAAGGAUACUCAACCGGGCUGUGCUCCAAAGAAAAACUUUUGUAUUUCAUCCCCCUGUAAACAUGGAGGGACGUGUUCAGACUCUUGGAACACUUUUCAUUGUGAAUGUGUUGAAGGCACUGCAGGGAAAACUUGUGAAGACAUGGUUGAUGAUUCUUUCAAGUUGAAAGGAGAUGGAUACCUCACUUUUAAUAGUCCCAAUUUGGAACAUAUCGCCUUCCCUUGGUACAAUGGUAUUUCUUUCCGGACUCGUGCUGAAAAUGGAGUCCUCCUUGAUAUCACCAUUCAAGGGGCACAAAAAGUUAUAAUCAGACUGCAAAAUGGCUACAUUACCUAUGAAUAUGGAAAGCAGAAAGUAGUCUACAGUCAUAACAAGGUGAAUGAUGGUCAGUGGCAUUAUGUCCAGACAAGCUGGUACCAGGAAGAGGUCAAUAUUGUUGUAGACUAUAUCACUGAUAUAAUGGAAAUUGGGGAAAUCUCAAAUGACAUUGCAGGAAAGUCCGUGGUGCGAAUCUUUAUUGGAGCGCGGCAUAUUGAUGGAGAUAUGGUAUCUGACUUUCUGGUUGGAUGUGUUAAGAACAUUCGAAUUGGAAAUGAGAUUAGCAAAUCUCUGCUAUCCAAGCCACAACCAUACAAUGCUGAGUCUGGAUGCACAAUGGAAAACCCUUGUCUCAAAGAUAAUCCCUGUCGACCUAACACCUGUGUUGAUACAUGGGGACAGUACAAAUGCGAUUGUCUUCCAGGUCGUAUUGGUUCAAACUGUACAGAUGUCUGUGACAACUUUAAUCCUUGCCAAAACAUGGGAAUUUGUCAUAGACCAACUGCUGGUCAAAAAACUUACACUUGUGAGUGUGGACGACUCCAGUUUGGUCGAUACUGUCAGAUCAGCCUACAGCAACCUUGCCCUGCAGCUUGGUGGGGCUACCCGAUUUGUGGACCAUGCAACUGUAAAAGGUCUAAGGGAUUUAAUCCGGCCUGUAACAAAACAACAGGUGCCUGCUAUUGCAAGACAAACCAUUACCAACCCAAAGGUAGUAACCAAUGUUUUCCUUGCAACUGUUACCCAGAAGGUUCUAUGGGACCUUCAUGUAAUCCAGUCACUGGUCAAUGCAAAUGCCACAAAGGGGUUAUUGGACGAAGAUGUGACAGUUGCGCAAGUCGUUUUGCAGAGGUUCAUGAAGUAGGAUGUCGAGUUGUGUAUGAUGUUUGUCCCCGUAGCUUUGCUCGUGGAAUAUGGUGGGAUCGGACAUUUAUUAAUGAGAUGGCUGUCCAAGAAUGUCCCAGUGGGGCAAUAGGUGAUGCCAAAAGAAACUGUACCAAAGAAGACAGCUGGCUGGAACCUAACCUUUUCAAUUGUACUAGCCUCAAUUUCCGAGAUCUGCAUAAACAGUUGAAGCAGAUUAAGAAAGGAAGCCUAAAAAUCAACACCUAUGUCUCAAAGACUCUCAUGAAACUCUUAGCCAAAGCAGCAAAAGAAUCUGCGGACAACUUUUUUGGCAACGAUAUAAGUAUUAUCCUGAAUCUUAUCAUGGAAAUUCUGAAGUAUGAGAACAAACAGGAAGGACUGAGUCUGACAAGUGAACAGGAUCGCGGCUUUAUCAAGAACAUGCUGAUGGCCCUGAGUUACACCUACAAUCAAAAGUACAGGUCAGAGUGGAAUUAUUUGAACAAAAAUGGCGGAGCAAUGGCACUGACAAUGCUCUAUGAGAAAUAUAUGCACACUCUGGCAACCAGCAUGGCCUUGUCUCAGUCGUGGCCUUUCCAGGUUGUUUCCAACAACAUUGUUCUUGCAAUCGAUUCCAUAGACAUGAGAAACCUAAGUGCUAUAGAGAUUCCUAAAUAUGACAACAUCGUACCUAGCAGUGACAUGUUUGACAAAGACACGUACAUCCAGAUACCGCGCUCACUUCUGGUCACUGAGAGAAGUAUAGAAGUGAAGUCACCACCCCUUACACCAACGCCUAAAGGAAUUGUUGGCUAUAUGAUAUAUCAAACAUUGGGGAAAGUGUUACCUCACCAUUAUGAUGAAACUGUCAGGAAUAUUCCUGAUCGGUCAAUGACAGUUGGCACACCUGUGAUCAGUCUCAUUCUGCAGAACAGGAAGCAUCAUAUCAAAGGCCAAACAUCUGAGCCAAUCAACAUCACAUUCAAACAACUGACCAGCCACAAUCGUAGCAGCCCACAGUGUGUCUAUUGGCUGUCCCUUAAUCACGAAGGCACUGCUGGACAUUGGUCAAGAAAUGGCUGUGUCAUGACUAAUCGCUAUGAACUCAGGGGCGAGAAUUAUGUGACUUGCUCCUGUUCCCAUCUCAGCACCUAUGCAGUCUUAAUGGACAUGACCAGUGUAGAGUUCAAUGUCCGCCGAUCUUCUCCUGAUAGACCAUACAUCGCAACUGGGACUGUCCAUCUGCAAAUCAUUUCCUACAUUGGCCUAACCAUUUCCAUGAUUUGUCUCUUCACCGCUUUCCUCAUUUUCUUCCUGCUCAAGAAUUUGGACACCAACUGCAAUUCUAUCCGCCUCAACCUUGUCCUUUCUAUCUUUAUCUCGGAACUUUUUUUCCUAAUUGGUGUAGCACGUACCAAACCGGAGAUUCUGUGUCGUAUCAUUGCCAUUUUUCUGCAUUACUUCUAUAUCAGUUCAUUUGCCUGGCUUUUCAUUGAAGUUCUACACAUAUACCGCAUGCUUACUGAAAUCCGAGACAUUAAUACUGGUUCUAUGAAGUUUUAUUACCUGGUUGGUUAUGUAAUACCAGGUAUCAUUGUUGGGCUCGCUGUUGGACUUUAUACUGACCAAUAUGGAACACCCCAGUUUUGUUGGCUGUCCACUCAGACAAUGUUCAUCUGGAGUUUUGCUGGACCCAUUAUUGUGGUGUGGUUGAUUGCAGUAGUAACAUGCAUCUUAGGAUGGCAGGCAAGCUGCAAAGAAAAAGUCCAUGUUACUCAUGAAGACCUCGGUACACUUAAGGAAAACUUGUUGAUAGCCACUCUUUUACUUCCAAUGUUUGCAGCAACUUGGGUGUUUGCUUUACUGUCUGUCAACCAAGAUCAUCUUGCUUUCCAUUAUUUAUUUGCUGUCAUGGCCUGCCUCUCAGGUGUCUUCAUUUUCAUUUGUUACGUCAUCUGCAGUCAUCAGGUUCAGUUGGAGAUUAAACGUGUUUGGUACAAACUAAAAGGGAAGAAACUUGAAAUGGAUGAAGCCCUUGGUGGUACUCGAAGCACUAUGUUAUCUCGUUCAGCAUUGGCAUACCGAAAUGACUCUUCAGUGGACGGAGGCCUACAUCGUAUGAACAUUGGUAUCUCCACAACGUCAACCACAUCCCGAUCGACAAGUAAGACCAGCAGCGGCGGCCUGUACAAGGGAGACGACUACAUGCGCAGCACAAACUCGUCCACCACGUCAGGCCAUGCCCCUUCUUCAUCCAUGCAUCAUGCCAAUACUGGUAUCCCUCCGUAUGAUUCCUAUCACUCAUCAUUACAUGACACACGUCCUGACGAUCCUGACACAGGGGAGAAGACCAAUAAAAUUAAACCUGACUCUGACUCUGACAGUGACGAGUCUGUGGAUCAUGCCAGCCUGGAACUUGCUUCAAGCCAUUCCUCUGACGAAGAUGAGGAUAUAGAUGAAGGUCCCAAAUGGGAAAUGCCAAAAAGCAAGAAAGUUGAAGAAGCCAAAGAACAAGCAAGACAAAUGUGCCAAAAGGAAAAACACAAGAACAUUUCCUCGGGUACAACACCUGGAAUGCAGCAUCCCCCUCUACCGCCACUACCUCCUCUGCCUUCUUUGAUGUCAGGUCCACCUCCACUACAGCCAGACAUCAUGAGUUCAACUGGUUUAGGCAGUUCCAGCUUGUAUAGUCCAAACAGAGCCAAGUUUACUCGACCCCAUGGGAUUGGUGCCUCACAUUAUCACGCAAGCCAAGGAGAACGUGACUACAUUGCCAAUGAGUACCGAACUACAGGGCCCAUGGUCACGUUUAAGGAUACCCCCACAGGUUCCCCCAUACCCACACGACCCAUGCAGAAACCCCACGGAGGGGGUAUUCUCUCUAAACCUAAGAACAUUGACGACAAUGGUAGUGAGAGGUCAAAAAUUCAAAUUAUUACCCAUAAUGGCAGCAUCUCAUCUGACUCGGAGGUUUAG